UCCAUUGUCAGUUGGAAAAUUUAGGAAGUUUUUUUUGACUAAAAAAUUAAUUACACCAGAAGUCUUUAUGUGCUAAGUUGAAAAAAAGGUCAUUUCCCUUUCAAAAAGAAAAGAAAGGUCAUGUCGAUGCUUAACCUCCACACUUCAUUGGGUUUAAAUGUCAACAUGCAAAUUUUAUAAGAAACUAGAAAAAGAUCCAUCCCUUAUACAGUUUCAACUUGAGCACAUUGCCUUAAGGUCUCUUUUCAGCCACUUUCGUCGUCUUUUUUAGAAUUAGAACUCUCAUUCCUCCUAGAAGGCUCCAUGGAUUCAAAACCUCAUUAUAAGCUUCAUAUCUACUUCCUUCCAAUGAUGUCUCAUGGCCACAUGAUCCCAAUGGUAGAAAUGGCCAGAAUAUUUGCCAGGCGCGGCGUCAAAGCAACCUUAAUUCUAACACCCCUCAAUGCCACUCUCGUCUCCAAAACAAUUGACAGAGACAGAGAACUUGGCUUGGAAACCACUAUUCGUCUUAUUAACUUCCCUUCAGCAGAAGUUGGACUGCCUGAAGGCAUUGAGAGCCACAGUUCCAUCACUGCCCGAGAAAUGUCCCAAAAGAUCCGCAACGCCGCGGAGCUUCUUCAACAGCCAUUUGAAAACCUCUUAGAAGAGGACUCCCCAGAUUGCCUAGUCGCUGAUGUGUUCUUUCCAUGGGCUAGUGAUGUUGCAACUAAGCAUGGGAUUCCAAGGUUGGCUUUCCACGGAUCUAGUGCAUACGCUCUUUGUGUUCAUCAUGUAUUAACCCAACAAGAACCUUACAAGAACAUCAAAUCAGACUCAGAAGUUUUCGUUGUGCCUGGCCUUCCAAACAAAAUUAUGAUGACAAGACGUCAACUCCCUGAUUUCAUAAGAGAUGGAACUGAAAACCAGGUUACCAAGUUGAUGGAGAAAGUUAUGGAAUCGGAGGUGACAAGCUAUGGUGUUGUAAUAAACAGCUUCCAUGAGCUGGAACCGACUUACUCAGAACUCUACAGUAAGGUAAUUGGAAAAAGGGUGUGGCAUGUGGGUCCCGUCUCACUCUGCAACAGAGACAACGACGAUAAAAUUCGUAGAGGAAGCAAAAUCUCUAUCAACGAGCAGGAGUGCUUGACUUGGCUUGACUCAAAGGAACCAAACUCAGUUCUAUAUGUGUGCUUUGGAAGCUUGUCCUACUUUUCGAAUGUUCAGCUACUUGAGAUAGCAAUGGGUCUGGAAAAUUCUGGACAGGAAUUCAUAUGGGUUGUGCGGAAGGAGAAAAAGAAGGAAGAAGAAGAUAGGGAAGAGUGGUUACCAGAUGGGUUUGAGAAGAGGUUAGAGGGGAAGGGCUUCAUAAUAAGGGGGUGGGCCCCACAAGUGCUUAUACUCGAUCACAAAGCAGUUGGAGGGUUUAUGACUCACUGUGGAUGGAACUCAUUGCUGGAGGGAGUGACUGCUGGAGUUCCCUUGAUUGCGUGGCCGUUGUUUGCUGAGCAGUUUUAUAAUGAAAAGCUAGUGACUGACAUUCUGAGGGUUGGAAUCGGAGUAGGGGCUCAGGAAUGGUGUAGAUGGCCGGAGGAGGGCAAGAUUUAUGUCAAGAGGGAAGAUAUAGAGAAGGCAGUGGUUCAACUAAUGGUUUGUGAAGAAGCUGAGGGAAUUAGGAGCAGAGCAAGGGCACUGGGAGAGGCAGCAAAGAAGGCUGUUGAAAAGGGUGGAUCCUCUUACAAUUACCUGAGUGCUUUACUUGAAGAACUAGAGCUCAAUACCAACUGACACAAGUUACCUAUGUUUCUUUGGCCCUUAAAUAAACUUUGUAUAUUUCACUUAUGUUUACACUAAGAGUUUUUUAAGUACUGUAUCCUUUGUUCUCUACGAAAUUAUGAGUUAUCGUGAUUGUC